CACAGAAGGAUAUUCAGACACCAAAGAAGUUGAUGAGUUCUGGAAAGAAAACCACCUUCUUCCAAGAACUUCAGUAUCCAGAGGCUUCUAGUGACACUGAAGAUUCUGUCUUUGUAGAAAGUUCAUGGCAUAACUAUCAAAAAGUAGAAGACUUGAAAGAGAGUCUAAUGUGCAUAAAACUCCCACCCCCACAAAAUCUGAAAGAGCCAAUUUCCAGUGGCAGUGACUUAAUUGUUAAAAGGAAAGAGAGAAGCUGUGAAAAGAGUACAGAAAAUAAGGCACUACGACCAAGUACAGAGGUAGUAUCAGAUAACUCAGAUGACGAAUUUGAAUCAUUAAUAGAACGAAUAAGGAAACGAAGUACACCUCAAAACUCAAUCUUAAGCACAAAUAAAACUGUCAGCUGGCCAAGCACAACAGAAAACAUCAAUCCACCCUGUGAAGUUGCCCAGCCCUUGAAAGGGGAGGAAUUCGAGACACCAAGGCCAAAUUCCAUUUUACUUCCAGAAACGCCUUCCAGGAUAAUGGCUUCUGCAAGAAUUCCUAGGAAUGAAUUCAUCAAUUGCUCACAGUCAGCAGAGACAGAGAAAAGGCUUAGGCUGUGCUCAGUGCCUGGCUGUUUCUUGCAAGAUCUCUCAAAUCCGACUUCCCACUAUGUGAAGUAUUUCCAGAAAAAUAAAGAGAAGCUGGCACAGAAGCUCUACUGUCUGUACAACGCUACCAUCUUUGAGCAGAAGUUACCAGAGAAAAUGGUAAUAAUCUGGAAUAAGAAAAUGAGAAAAACAGCAGGAUAUUGUGUAACUGGGCAGACAGAAGGUCCUGAAGCAAAGCGUUAUGCUCGCAUAGAACUUUCUGAGAAAGUGUGUGACUCUGCAGAUCGACUUCGAGAUACACUAAUCCAUGAGGCUUGCCAUGCAGCCACCUGGCUGAUCAAUGGUAUUCGUGAUGGGCAUGGACGAUUCUGGAGAUUCUACGCCAAUAAAUCAGCUGUGAUUCAUCCAGAACUGCCAGCUGUGACUCGAUGCCACAGCUAUGAGAUUAAUUACAAAUUCUUUUAUGAGUGUGUUAUGUGCAAAGCUAUGAUUGGACGUCAUUCCAAGUCUCUGGACACAGAGUGCUUUGUGUGUGCAUUCUGUGGGGGGCAGCUGACCCUGAGUCAGCCCACUCGAAAGGAUGGCACUCUUGCUAGAACACAUCUAAUGCCCUUUGCAAAGUAUGUGAAAGAAAACUACGGACUUACUGAAACAGAGCAGCAUGGCCUGAGUCAUGCUGAAGUCAUGAGGAAACUCAGUGCUGAUUUUGCUUUAAAAACUAGGUUUCAAGAUUCCUUGUAA